AUGUCGGUCUUGACAGACCCGCUGCGCUUCCUUAGAAAUACUUUUUUAGUGGCAGUCACGGCCGUCCUGGCAGUGUGGUUGGGUUUCUUGAGGCGGAAUCUGGUGGAUCCACAGAUGUCUCUGCUGGCCCCUAGGAGCCUCGAAGGCCAAGAAAUGUACGUUUUUAACUUGACAUCGCUCACAGAGUCUGAAAAUGUCUUGUCAGCUUCGGUGUAUUAUUAUAUUGGUGAUCUGCUGCAUGUGGAGUGGAACUGUUCCCAGUCCCGUGGCUGUUCUCAUCACAGGCACAGGAAACCUGAAAUUCAGAUACGUCUUUCAGUUUGGACCUUUCCUUCAGCUGGGAACCCGACUCAAAGCCUGGGACAUUUCCUCAUAAAUGUCUCCUUAGCGUACCAGGAUGUCCUUUCCUGGCAGUGGAAGGAUAUCACUCAGCUCCUCCAUGAAGCAAAGCAAAAGAACGAACUGCUGAUCAGUGUUAAAAUGGAUCUGCCCAGCCAUCAUCCCUGGGAAAGAGCAUCUUCCUCCUACGAGCCCUACAUCCUGAUUUACGCCAAUGAUUCUGCUAUCUCAGAGCCAGAGAGCGUUGUCUCGACUUUGCGAGGGCACAGUCAUCCUCUGGCGAGGGUCCUUCCCAAGCCAGAAGGCCGCACGAGGAGCAGCGUCCCGAAUCGCCGGAGAAAACGCUCUGCAAACGUCCUGUUGCCAUUGCAGAACAACGAGCUUCCAGGAGCCAAGUACCAGUACGGUGAGGAUGAGAGGUGGGAAGGCAGAAAACCCUACAAGACCUUCCAGCCGCAGCUAGCAGACAGGUCCAGGAGUAAGAAAAAGCAGAGGAAGAAUCACCUCCAGAAGACCCAGACUCUGCAGUUCGAUGAGCAAACUCUGAAGAAGGCGAGGAGGAGGCAGUGGAAUGAGCCAAGGUAUUGCGCCCGGCGCUACCUCAAGGUGGAUUUUGCAGACAUUGGCUGGAGCGAGUGGAUUAUUUCCCCCAAGUCCUUCGAUGCCUAUUACUGCUCAGGAGGAUGUCAAUUCCCAAUUCCAAAGGCCAUGAAGCCAUCCAACCACGCCACCAUCCAGAGCAUCGUGAGGGCAGUUGGAGUCGUCCCUGGCAUUCCCGAGCCUUGCUGUGUUCCUGACAAAAUGUCCUCUCUCAGUAUCUUAUUCUUCGACGAGAACAAAAACGUGGUUCUGAAGGUGUACCCCAACAUGACAGUGGAGUCCUGUGCGUGCAGAUAACGCCUUGGGCGGCCUUUUGGCAAUGCCAGGGUGAUCACUUGCUGUUUGGGGAAGGAGGGUGGGCAGGAGUCUCGUCACACCUACUUUGUGUUUGCACUGCCAAUGCAUUUCCUUUGGACAGAUAAGGGAAAAUGUAGAGAAAUCCAAUCAAUGAGAAUGGGAGCAGAAUGGAUUCCAAGUAGUGAUUCCAAGGAAAGCGAGUACAAACUUCAUUUGUCUGCGAGUCUGACAGAGACACAAGGCUUGGGAAUAGGACCUGACUGUACCUGUUGAAGGCGAGAGGUGAAAGGAAAAUCUGCAGAUUUUUGAGACUCUGACUCUCAAAGGACACAGUGUGAUCUAUUUUUGUACAACAUUUUGGAAGCAGCAGAAGCUGGUAAUUCUUAUCUCUGUUCUAAUGGUGACUAAUGGCAGGGGGAGGUUAGAAAUGUAUAGUCUUCAUUUUAAAGCUAAGUUUCUUGCCUUAGGUUUUAGAGUAGUACAGCAAGGCAGGCCAAACAAAUCUGACAUCCUAAAAGCUGUGGAUAACCCUUCUUGGCCACGCAUCUCCUUGGUCCAAGGUUACCCACCCUGCGUGCAAGUUGCUUUUCACUGACACCUUCUCUGUAACUGAGCUCGGCGGCCCUGGGCAGAGGAGCUCCAAGCAGGACUGGUGGUGAGUGCAUCACUGACUUCUGCUGUGGGAGCUCAGGGCUGUGACAGUGCCGUACUCAGUGCGGUGUCCCAAUGACACUGUUUUCACCCCGUGUCCUGGAACAUGCUUGGCAGUAAUCUGUGCGUAAGGGCUGUGGAGUGGCCUCCUCUCCCGGGCAGCAAGCAGCAGGGCCAGAGGUCAUAGCCUCAGGCUGCACCAGGGGAGCUUCAGGCUGGACAUUAGGAAGAACUUCGUGGAAAGGAUGCAUCUUUAAGUGAUUUCUGGUGAAAGGUUUUUCUGUGUACAGACCGUCCAUUUAAAAAAUAAC